CCUGGGGUCGGUGGUUGCCUGGAGACCAGUUUCUAGCUGGACCCGUUCAUCGGCUACAACGACACAACUCUGAACAACAAUAACAGCAGCAAUACGUGUUUUUCCUGAUCUCCACAUUAAGUAUGUCGAGCCGGGAUCCUUUUCCUUCACCAAAGUUUGAAAACGGUUUCACUCUGAGCGGAUUCAAACCGCAGCAGAGAAAAACAUUUGAUAAACCCACACACAUUGCUCAAACAGAGGAACCCUGGCGUCGCCUCUAUGAUACAGCCACUGUGGCCAGUACCCGGCAGAGUGUGCAGCAUCGCGAGGACCAGGCUUUACGCAACAGUCUCGACCUUCACCUGAAAUCAAUCUACGAUCACAACAAGGACGUCUUCUGGAGCAAGAACCAGGUUUUGUACCAGAAGGAGACGGUCUCUGAGAACCACAGGAAGCAGGCAAUCUUAGAGCAGAAGGCCAAACAAAAAAAUGAAGAAGAGAGUAAAAUCAGAGUGUGGGUCGACUCACAGAGGGGCUCCAUUUACAGUGUCAAGUGAUGCACAGGUGAAACUGGAUUAUGUUAUCAGAGCAGGCCUUUCCAAACAGAUGACACUUCAACAUGAAGCUUCAUUAACCACCAUCUCUAGCUGCUGCUGAUCUGGCCUGGAAAUAAACAAGUUCCCCCAGA